AUGGAGACCAUGAUGCCACAGUCGACGGGCCCUGCUUUCCUGUUCUACAGCCCCGACCCCAACCCCGACAGCCGGCAACACGGCCGCUUUGUCCCUCAGCACCCAGCAAUCCAGCAGAUGACAAUGCUCCCCAUUGCUCCAACCGUUCCCUCGACACCCAUCUAUGCGCGUCCCGGCUCGUCCGGCGCUCAGCCGCCGCUCUUGCCGAAAGCUUACCCCAGUGCUCCCGUUCUGCCGUCGGCGCUGACCCCGGUGGCCUCGCCGUCCCCCAUCCAUGUCAAGCCGACUAUUGUGCUGGAUGCGGAGUUGUCCGAGGUUGACGGGCUUUUCACUCCUCCCACCCCACCCCUCACUACCUCGAACAGCGUCAUUAGCAGCCCUGGUAGCUGUGAGAUGCUCCAGACGCCCCUGAACCCCAUGUUCUCUGGCCUUGAUGACGUGCAGCUGGAGGGCAAGGAUAGCUGCGAGAAUGACGGCGAGCUGGAGCGUUUCCCUUCGCUGGAUUGGCCAUGCGCCUCUCCUCCGCUGACACCGGCACUGGUUGAGGUGGCCCUUGCGUCGGAUACGGGAGCCCUGAGCUUGGUGUACCUUCACCCGGGCGCCCCCAAGAUUGCUCCAAUCAACACACAACCGGCAAACGACCUUCUCUCUCCUCCCUCCUCCUGCCCCUCUCUCUCGCCGUCGCCCUCCCCAUACGCGAGAUCCAUCUCGUCGGAUGACGUCGACUUUUGCGAUCCCCGGAACUUGACUGUCGGCAGUGUCAAUUCUACUCUCGCUCCCGAAUUUUCUGCCCUUCCCACGCUUUGCCCAGGCGAGGACGAGGACCAGAAGUUUGUUCUGCGGGGUGCGACUCCUGCCAUCUCUCCAAGCUCCUCCUUUGAUUUCUCCGCGCAAUUGUGCAACGCCACGCUCCCUACUUUUGAGGACUUCUCGGAUCUCGAUUCCGAGGACGGCCUUGUUAGCGGCCUCGUCACCCUUGGCGCCUCGACACACCCGACCAGUCGGUCGCGCUCCAGCUCCGACGCGCUUUCGUUUGGCUCUGACGACUCAGAGUUCGCCAGCCCAUUUGGUGCCGACGCCCUCCUUACGCCCGUGUCGGACGAGGACAGCGACGCGCCCAAGACUAAGCGGCAAAAGAAGUCUGAGGAGGAGGACGCCAACACGCCCACCAUGAGCACCACUGCUGACGCUCAGCCGGCAAGCACCCAGACCCAGACACCACCGGGCAACAACCAAGAUACCAGCAACAGCAGCACAGUGUCGGAAAGCAAGGCUGCGCCAUCGGAGUCGACCUCGGGCUCAGAGAACCAGUCGGCUCCCACACAAAUGCCCGCCCGUCGCGGUCGUAAGCAGUCGCUGACUGAGGACCCGUCCAAGACCUUUGUGUGCGACAUCUGCGGUCGCCGCUUCCGUCGCCAGGAGCACCUCAAGCGCCACUACAGAUCCCUCCACACACAGGAAAAGCCGUUCGAAUGCAGCGAGUGUGGCAAGAAGUUCUCUCGCUCUGACAACUUGGCCCAGCAUGCACGCACUCAUGGUAACGGCAUCCCCCUCAACAUCAUCGAGGACCCGGAAGCCAUUGCUGCUGCUACUGCGGCAUCCCUGCAUCCCGUUUACGCGCAUCCGGCGCUGAUGGGUACGCCCGGCUUUGUCGGAGAGGACUACCACACCCUGGGCAAGACACUGUUCCAUAUGGCCUCUGAGAUCCCAGGAAGCAGUUCGAGUGAACUCUCAUCCUCUUCCUCAGGGGAUGAGAGCAGCGAUCAGGGCAAGAAGAAGCGCAAGAGGUCAGCUUGA